AUGGAAUAUCGAGGACACAAAACAGUCUCAAAUCAAAGAGUAGAAGCUUGUAUUGUAGCAAAUUCUUUGGCCAUACCAAAAAAAUAUGAGCGUCUUUUGCCAGCUGCAAAUUUUUUUGUUAAGCGAGGACACAAAACAGUCUCAAAUCAAAGAGUAGAAGCUUGUAUUGUAGCAAAUUCUCUGGCCAUACCUGCAAAUUUUUUUGUUAAGGCUGGAAUCAACACAAAUAUCCAUGAACGUAAUGCUUCUGUCAAUUUCUCCAUUCUUGUGGAUGAAUAUUCUGUGCAAGAUGGAUUUUACACGGUCACGUUUCGUACACCAGAUUCAAGUAACGGAGGAAUCCAGCAAGCUUGCGCAAAACUACGUUUGAUGAAAGUGAAUAAUUGUUAUUCCAAAGCUCAAAAAUAUAACACGAAUCGCGCUCACGAUGUUAUUUACAGGAGUGACCAUUUGAUACUCGAAAAACAACAUACUCGCUUUUUUUGUGAGCGAACACCGCAAGUAUAUCCUUCAUUCUGGUAUCAAGACAACACGAAUGCGAGGUUGGUGCAUCAGGUCGAUUUGGACACUGUGAUUUAUAGCUAUAAUGAAUAUUCUUUCUGGGUAAAGUACAAGAAUGGCAAUAUCUCUCAUUGUGACUUCGAUGUAUCCACGAAUUACACCAGCUAUAUCAACCAACUAGGAUUGACGCGACUUCAACGGCAACAUUCAGCAAUUGAACAAACUCAUCACCACAAGGAAGUGUUUGUUUAUGAUGGUGAUCCAGACAAUGUUAUUUUACAAGGAUCGGAUCAAAGUGCAUUUCUUGUUACAGCCUAUGCUGACGCCGAGACUGCAUAUCAUCAACAGAAUACCAUAUUUGCGAAACAUAAAGUAAGUCCACGGCAAAAGCCGACUGUUGCACGGAUUCACAUAGAAAAUUUCCGAGCACUCCUAGGAUGGGAUACGUUCUUCACGUCAUCUUCUUCCAACGAUCUUUAUGAGUUAUCUUACUGGUACGACAGCAUGAUACCAUCAUCGCCAGAUUCGUCAUGGUUUGAUCCACCAUUGCAAUGCCAACCAGUGCGCUCCAACAGAGUUCCAAUCUGA